AUGGCAUAUGAUGAUGUUCUUUUACAUUUAGGAGAAUUUGGAAGAUACCAAAAAAGAAUAUACCUUCUUUUAUGUUUCACCGUAAUACCUUGCGCUUUUCACAAAUUAGCUGGAGUGUUUUUAGGUGCAAAACCAAAUCACAGCAUUCCGUGGGAUGAUUUUCUCAAACAUGGUCUACUUGUAAAAUGUACGAUACAAACUAUUCGGAAUCUUAUUUCAAAGAAGGAAUAUCUGCUAAUAAAACCAAAGAAUGUAAUAAAUGGAUUUUUGAUAAAUCCAAGUACAAAUCCAUUCCUCCUGGUCUGUGAUAGAGCAUGGCUUCGAGCAACAGCCGAUUCUCUUUUUAUGACAGGCGUUUUAAUAGGUUCCUAUAUAUUCGGAGAUUUGUCUGAUCGUUUUGGACGAAGACCAACGUUUUUCAUUUCGCUAGUUUUACAGCUUGCAGCAGGUUUACUUGCAGCUAUUGCGCCAGAAUAUAUUACGUUCGUUUUGGCGAGAAUAUUGAUCGGAGCUACAACUUCUGGAGUAUUUUUGGUGGCUUAUGUCAUCGCCAUGGAAAUGGUCGGACCGGGAAAAAGACUUUUUGCUGGAACCAUAGUUCACAUGUUUUUUUCCAUCGGUUUCCUUUUAAUCGCUGGUUUUGCAUAUGCCAUUCAAGAUAGCUGGAGAAUUUUUCAAGUUGUCAUCACUUUAGUUCCCGGAGUUUUAUUUAUAUCCUACUGGUGGGUCAUUCCAGAAUCAUCAAGAUGGUUAAUGACCAAAGGAAAACACGCAGAGGCUAAACAAAUUCUAAUGAAAGCAGCCAAAGAAAAUAAAGUAAGACUUACUGAAGACAUGUUGGACAAUUUACUCGCGGCUGAAACUUUAGAAGAAAAAGCAGCAGAAGAAAAAAAACAAAUUUUAGAGCAAGAAUGUAAUAAUUAUGAAAUAAGACAAAGAAAUGGAGACGUACCCUACAAAGAAACGACCGCAGCCAAACCUCCUCGUCCUAGUAUAUUAGAUCUCAUGAGACAUCCAAGCUUGAGAAAAAGAAGUAUUAAUAUAUUUUUUAAUUGGUUUGUAAAUAGUUUGGCAUACUAUGGAUUAUCAUGGAGUACAUCAAAUUUAGGAGGAAACGAUUAUCUCAAUUUUUGUCUUUCUGGUAUUAUGGAAUUUCCAGGAUAUGGAAUAUUGAUUUUUACAUUAAAUCGUUUCGGAAGAAAAUUCACUCUAUGUGGCGCUCUUCUUAUUGGAGGAGUAGCUCUUCUCUCUACACUUUUUGUACCUUCACAUAUGAAUUGGUUGACCAUUGUGUUGGCAAUGAUUGGCAAAUUAGCCAUUACAUCUUCGUACGGUACCGUUUACGUUUUCAGCACCGAACAAUUUCCUACUGUAAUUAGAAAUGCUGGAUUGGGAGCUUGUUCAAUGAGUGCGAGAAUAGGAGGAAUUUUAGCUCCUUAUAUCAAUCUUCUGGCGGAUUAUUGGAGACCACUUCCUCUUCUUAUUUUCGGUGGUUUAGCAUUGUUAGCUGGAGGUCUUGCUUUGCUAUUACCGGAAACUCUUAACAGAAAACUACCUGAAACAAUAGCAGAUGGAGAAAAUUUUUCCAAACAACCAUUUUCAAAAUCUAAAGGAACCAAAGACUUAAAAUUACAAAAAGUAGAAGGUAGUAAUAGGGCUUGA